CGCUCCGGCUCCAGUCAAGCGGUGACCGCCGACACCGCGUUGCGCGUCCACAUUGUAGUUGUACAUUUUUUUAGUGACGUAGGUACCUGUCAAAAUGUCUUCGGACGUGCAAGAACAACUUAUUUUUUUAAUCUUUGAGAGGACACCCAUAUGGAACAGCAAAGAUGUGAACCAUAAAAAUAGAAGAAUAAUCAACCAAUUAUGGGAAGAAAUAAAAAACGAACUGAAUAUUGAAGUGACCGAUUUAAAGAAAAAAUGGAAAAAUAUAAAAGAUCACUAUAGAAAGGAAUUUAAAAAAAAUCCUACUCCUAGAUCAGGAGAUGCCGGAAAUAUUAAUCUACCCUCGAAUUGGCAAUAUUUUUCUCAAUUGAGGUUUUUGCAUGAUGAAAUUGUACCAAAUAUUACUGAGGGUAAUUUAACCAGUACUGAAGUAAGUAAUCAGAUAAGUAAUGAUUCUUUUGAGAUAGAAGACAUCUCUGAAGAAAGCUCUCAAGAAAAUACAACCGGUCAUGACGAAGAAUCUUCUAUUUAUUCACAACAAACUUCUACAUCAUCGCAAGAAACUUCUACGGCUUCAAGAGAAGCGUCUACUUCACAACGAUCAAGAAAAAAUAAAACAGCGAAUGACAUAAGAACUGAAUUUUUAGAAUUGGAAAGGAAAAAGAUAAGACUGCUGGAAAAUGAUUUAUCAAAUCAAAGUAGAAACGAGGCUUCUAGACAUGAGAAUAAGUCAGAAGACUACUACUUUUUUAUGAGUUUGCUUCCACACAUGGAAAAAUUCACACCAGUGCAAAAGUUAAGAGUAAGACAAAAAAUUAAUCAAGCUCUUUUAGAUGAGUUAAGUGUGCCCUUCUAAUGAAUCAUAUAUGUAUGGGUAUAGUACUCAACACUAGGUAUAUCAAUCUUAUAAUAAAAAUACUGUCAAUAAAUAACAAAACUGUGAUUCAAAUAACAAAUCAUCGUACAAAUGAGAACUGUGAUUUUAGAGAUAAAUGACUGUAGGUAACUGUGUUUUUUUUUUUGUUAUUAGAUUAGAAUAUGUGUGGAAUAAUACUGUACACUAGGUAUGUCAACCUUAUAAUAAAAAUACUGUCAAUGAGUAAGAAAACUGUGAUUGUAGAAAUAAUUAAUCAUCAUAUAAAUGAGAACUGUGAUUUUAGAGAUAAAUGACUGUAGGUAACUGUGUUUUUUUUUGUUAUAAGAUUAGAAUAUGUGUGGAACAAUACUGUACACUAGGUAUGUCAACCUUAUAAUAAAAAUACUGUCAAUGAGUAAGAAAACUGUGAUUGUAGAAAUAAUUAUUCAUCGUACAAAUGAAAACUGUGAUUUUAGAGAUAAAUGACUGUAGGUAACUGUGUUUUUUUUUGUUAUAAGAUUAGAAUAUGUGUGGAACAAUACUGUACACUAGGUAUGUCAACCUUAUAAUAAAAAUACUGUCAAUGAGUAAGAAAACUGUGAUUGUAGAAAUAAUUAUUCAUCGUACAAAUGAAAACUGUGAUUUUAGAGAUAAAUGACUGUAGGUAACUGUGUUUUUUUUUGUUAUAAGAUUAGAAUAUGUGUGGAACAAUACUGUACACUAGGUAUGUCAACCUUAUAAUAAAAAUACUGUCAAUGAGUAAGAAAACUGUGAUUGUAGAAAUAAUUAUUCAUCGUACAAAUGAAAACUGUGAUUUUAAAAAUAAAUGACAAACUGUUAUGUUACCUACUUAUUUCAUACGAAACGUUUUUAUAUAAUAGAUGUUUUCGUCAAAGAUAAAUAAUUAAGGCUGAUUAGUGUGUAGUAGGUAUUUAAUUAAAAUGAUUGUAUCUGUCUUAAGACUGAUGCCAAACUAUUUACUAAAUUAGUGCAACACAAUUUCCUUUUUGAAACUAUCAAUAAAUACCUACAAUUACAAAUUACAA